AAUUCAGAGAGGACCUCCUUUUAGGCUGCAAUAAAUCGUCAUGGGUCGCUUUGAAGUCACUUCAGCACCAAAAACCGUCUCCCAACCGCCCCGCUUUUUGCAGGAGCGAAGGUGGCAAACCUCGGUGCGGGGCUCCAAGACCCAAACCCACUCGCAUCCCUCCGAGGAGGGGAAUUAGGGACCCGGCCAGUAGCCCAACAAGUACAGUACACUCCUCUUCCAUUGCCUAACGGGAUCCCUGUGGGAAACCCGCAAGCAGGACUUUGAGCACAGCUUCCAGCAACUGGCAUUCAGAAGCAUUGCUUGCCUCCGUCGUGACCAGUAGCCGCCGACAACUUAUUUAUCCCCCGUUGAAUUACCCCAACCCUCUUCUAAAGCCAUCCACGUUGGUGGCCAUCACUGCCUCCUGCGGGAGUUUAGCUGCUUCUUUUUCUCCCCACAUUCAGUUUUCUUGAGUGUCCCAGAGAUCCAGUGUGAGGGGAGAGGGAAGAAACACUUCCUCUGUCGAUUCUCCUCUGUCACUCUUCUCUGAACCUUUCAAUUAUAUACACGUGUGUAUGUUUGUGCUUGUAUAACGUGGCAGGGGGGGACACUUUGGGUACCCCGCGAGGGCGGCCAGUCGCCUCAGGCGACGAGGAAGACCAGAUGCCCAACCGCUCUUCUCCCCUCAGGGGCUUCCCGCCCUUUCUGAGCCAUUGCUGCGUGCGAGACGUGACCACCGGUGCCCCGGUUCCCCCACCCACUCCGAGAUUGACGCGACCCUCUGAGCCAAUCCUCGGCGCGGGUGACGCUGCCCGGCCAAUCCCGAAGCCGGUGGUAGGCGGGGCUCCGGUCGACACGCUCCGGUCGCCACAGCGCUAGCUCGUCCUCCCUCCGCCUCUUUCUCUUGCUGCCGGUGAACGAGGAAGAGGUUGCAGUUUGUUUGCUCCUGCUGCGAAAAUGUCUCUCUCCAACAAGCUCACCCUGGACAAAGUGGACGUGAAGGGCAAGCGCGUGGUCAUGCGGUGAGCUGCUUUCGCUGUUUCUUUUUCGUCGUAGGCCUAUACCGCAGGGCUGGGUUCAAAACUGGGUAGCCUGGGGAGGGCUGGUGGGAGCGGAAGGAAAAGCAAUGCAUCUUCAAGAGGGUUUGGCGGGGGGGGGAGGUUGGCUUACCUGUUCGCAUUUAUAUAUGUGCAAUGUGUAUUGAGCUUUUCAGUUAAGUGGUGGCAAAGCAAGUGAUGUAAGAAUUAGAACGUAAAUGAACAUAAACCGUUAUGGGUUGAGUUUAUUUUUAUGGUAACGUUCACUGAGGCUUUCAAUUAAGUACUGGCGAAGCAGAUAAUGUUAGGGGGAGAAACAAACAGUUGUAUUUAUAUCUCACCUUCGCCAGGCCCCUCUGAAGAGAUCUAGGUAGUUUUCGCUAAUCUCAUUUUAUCCCCCCAACAACCCUGCGAGGUAGGCCGAGAGGCAGUGACUGGCUCAAGGUCACCCAGUGAUCUUUAUGGCUGAGCAGGGAGUUCAACUCUGGCCUGCCAGAAGGCCUACCUAGUGCAACACUUCAAACACUACAACACAGUGACUUGCAUCUGCUGCUGAACUUUUCAGCCAUCACAGAAUAUUUACAUGGCAUAUCAGUUCCCUCCUUUUGCAAUGGCAUAUAUCUACUUUGGGGUCAAAAUGGCCUUAAGGCCCAUAGUUACCCACAUGGGAAGGAGCAGUAUUGUGGAAUGAUUACAAUAAACCCAUUACAGUAUAGAAAAGUAGUAAAGCGCUGUCUUUUAGGUGCUAACCAUAAAUUCACAGGAUCAGGAAACCAUAAAAACUCUAGUUUCUGGUUUAAUUAAGAUGUUACACAUCUUAUGCUGUGUAUUCUGAACAUGGUUACUUAUAAUUGAACACAGUGGGGACAAAAUUAUGCUGUUUGAUUCCAAAUCUGGGAGAACUGGACUGUGAUUAUGUUUUGUAGGACGUCUAAAAGUAAAGUAUUAACUUAUACUAACAGUGCUUAAUAAUCACUGUACAAAUCACUAUACACGUUGCUAAUACAGGAUACACAUAGUAAACCUUUUUCCGCUUGCAGGUGCAUAUUUUAUUCAUAGCUUGUUGGCUUCUGUGGCUUGUGUUACUAAUUUCAAUCCCGCCUUCAGCAAUAAGACUCUGAGAAUUGCAGUGAUUCCUAUCAGGCACAGGAAAGGAGUUGUAGGUGGUUCCCUUAUCCAGAAGUAAUACUGAGCUCCCUAUAGUCAAUUAAACCAAGGACAACUUCAAAGCAAGAUCUUAAUUUUCAUUUCAGCAUCCCUUUGGGUGUUGCAAACUGCAUUAGAACUAUAUUUUCAUGCAUAGUAUAUUAUAAUUUCAGAAAUGUGCUUUAAUUAAGCUAUUUAUUUCAACUAAUAUUAAAGAGGGCUUUUCAUUUAGUCCAGCAUUUGAUUGACAGGGAAGGUUGUAAAUGCCAAACUAUUCCAAGCCUGGCAAGAGAUCAUAGGUGGGGGCUGGAGUCUAAAAUCCAAGCUAAGGAAUUGUAUGCCUACGGAGCGUAAUCAAAAUUAGAAGAGGGAAAAUCAGUUGCAUCUAAACUUUGUAGUACUACCUUAUUCAAAGCAGAAGUCAGUCAAACCAGAAUUUUGAGCUGGGGGAAGUACUUUAAUUUCAGGUAUUGAGUUGUAAGCCUCAGAAAAAGACUUUAAACUGCCAUGAAAAAUUUGUUAUGAAAUAGUUUGCUGCUCAUACCACAUGUGUGUGAGUUUUUUAUUGUCUCCAAACCUUGCAUAUGUGUAUUAUAAAAGUCUCCAGUAUUUUUUUUUCAAGGUCAUUGAGGUUAAGCAAAGGCAUUUCAUUUUGUUAUUCAUAUUUCAGUUUCUUCCUUGAAGAUAUUGACAGUUUCUCUCUUAAACCUUUGUGAAACUUUCAGUGGAACACUUUCACUUUUCUACAUUUUUUAUACAUCUAUCCCAAAGACUUUCAUUACCAAGUGACCUUAAUGUCAUGGGCAUUCUUUCAUUCAUACCCUGUUUUUCCAAGCAUCUUCCAUUGUGGUAAUAGUUGCCAGCUUGCAGUCUGGUCACUGACUCCACCUUUAUUCACUGUGAAGACACUUGUGCUGCACACAAACUAAGGAAAUUGGUGAGCAGGGCCUCCCACUUGAUACCCUGUGUAGAGAUGUUCAAUGGCCUGUUUGUGUUUAUGCAGGCCAAUGGAUACAACUACAUAGGUGCAAAGUUCAGGUAGAGAAACUCUGGCUUUUAUCAUCCUUUUAGUUAGCUGCUUACCCCUGUUCUGCUUGUGCCUCCUCAUUAACUGAGGUACCAGAUCUUCAAAGAUAAAAGAAUUUCAUUCUGGCUGCAAGGUGAUAACCCUAGUUUGUGCAUGAAAUUUAUUGUCUCUAUUGGUUCAGUGUUGUGCUCUAAAUUGCCGUCUGAUUUAUAGCUGGAUGACUAGAGCAUCAAAAGCAUGGAGCUAUUUAUUUAUUAUUUUAUUUUUUCAAUUUGUAUGCCACCCUUUAUCCAAAGAUCUCAGGGCAGUCCACAGCAUAUAAAUACAAAAUAAAAACACAAAAUACAUAAUAAAAGCUUACCCUCUAUAUGCUGUGGCCAUCAGUCCAAUUCUCCCACCUGUCCUCCACAUUUACCAUCUAACUUAAUGAUAGCAGAAUGUUAUAUACCAAAGCAUGUUAUUUAUGGAGAAAUCUAGAAAAUAAAUGAUUUGCUCCUGCGUUUCUUUCAUGCCUUUGAAACUUGGGGAAUGUUAUUCUAAAAAUCUUACAUUGCUUAAAACAAAAUCUAGUCCUGUUAAUCGUACUGUAAUGUGUUCUGUUCUUCCAGUUGCUGUAUUAUGCAACAUGACUUCCUGUCUCCUUCAGCUUUGGGGCACAGCAUGCUUUGUAGAAAUGGCUUCUGAGGCUCUUCCUGCUCUUCUGUCUGUUGGGCAGGCUACAUCAUGCGGGCCUUUGCUGAGUAAUCUCCCUGCGUAGGCAUGUGAGAUGAGUGUUUCUGGAAGCACAGUUUGCUAUUGAAUCUACGUUUUGUACAGUGUGCUGGCUGAAUCAAACAGGCCUCUUAUAAAAUCCAAACCUUGUACAUGGUUGCUAAAUGCUUGAGACAAAUGCUUGCUAAAUGUUAUGUGCUUGUUUUUGACAUCCCAGGUGAUGGAAGCCCUAAAGUUUUGUUAGAAUUAUCUUUUUUAAUAAAAGUUUUAUUUUAUAACAUUUUGCUAGAAUUGCCAAGCAUCUGUGAUCAGGGAGAUUGUAUACAGCACUUAAAAUAGUAGUUUACACAAAAGUGGGGCGGUAGUUAACUAAAUAAAUAAUUAAAUGGUAAUUGCAACAUCCCAGAGUAUUUAGGUUGACCCAAGGCAAUCAUACAAGCUUGAUAAGCGACUUGAUCCUAGAUUUUCUGUAUAAAAGCCCAUUGCUUUAGUCACAGCCAAGCCUCUGGUGGUGGUCUUUGAUCUGCAAGUACUUCAGAUGCAGUAUAUGCUGCAUCCUUCCUGGAUUAUUAUUAUUUUACAACAGUAUAGCUAAAGCAGUUUGUGAAGGAAAAUAAGGGAUUAUAACAGAUAUUGAAUAUGAUUGCACUCUGUGUUUACCUUGCCUGUAAAACUCAUAUUGUGUCUAGGUGGCUUUUGUGCCUCUCAACCCCCUACCCUUCUUGGUUAUGGAAUGGGUAUUAGAACAUUUUUCUCCUACUCUCUGCCUUUCUCUUUGAAUUCAACCUUUACUUUCUAGUCAAGGGCAUCUCUGUUAAUACUUGAUAACUUAGAUAUUCCUAACUGGUCACUUUUAUUUUAGGCCAGGGGUGGCCAACCUGUGACAUACCCACAGGUAUUGCUGGACUUCAGCUUUCAUCAUCAUUGACCAUGCUGACUAGAGUUGAUGGAACUUGGGGCCCAACAACAUUCUGGUGUUCUAAUUUGCACAGUAAUGAAUUUCUAAACUUUUGCCUGCCUAGGGGUUGAACAGUGGCAGAAGCCUCCAGCAGGAAAUAUAGCUGGCUUAUAUAGCCUUGUUCAUGAGUGUUGAAGCUGUCUCAGCAUGAUUUACUCAUUUGCAAAAUUUCCUUUCUUUCCAAUGAGCUCUUUAUUGUGUACAUGGUUCUCCCCCUCAUUUUAUCCCCACAACAAUCCCACAAUGUGAAUUAGACUGAGAGUGAGGGACUGGCCCAAGCUCACAUAGUGAAUUUCAUGGCGAAGUGGAGACUUGAGCCCUGGUCUCCUAGGUCCUAGUCAGACACACUGAUGAUUAUGCCAUGCUGGCACAAAUGGAUUAAUUCACUCAAGCAGCCUCUGAAACAGGACAGCUCUUGCAAAACCCUUUUGCAAGCCUUCUCCUUUUUUGCAACAGGUUUACCCAAAGUGAUUCAGCACAGUUAGGCUUUUCCCUUCACAUGGUCUCUUUGUUCUACCACUGGCCCCUGGUUUUCAAAUUUAUAUCCCUGGUAUAGAGAAGAGAAGUUGCAUGGAUCUGAGAGCCUUUGAGUGCUGUACCAACCAACACAGCAGGGGAAGGGAGUAGUGCAGCAAUACUGUGACAGCUCUCCCUCUGCACUCACCCCACCCAAGUGCAACUUUUGCUGCAGCUCCUUUUUGAGUAUCUUGCCUGUUUUGGGACAUUAACAACAGUGUUCAGUAAUUAAUGAUGUUUGUGUGAACAACUUGCAUUGAAACAUUUCUGUCCCCCUUUUUUUUUUAGGGUUGACUUCAAUGUUCCAAUGAAGGACAACAAAAUAACCAACAACCAAAGGUAAGAGUCCCCUGCAAAUUCCAAGUAGGGCCUAUGCUUAGUCAUUCCUUGCUUAGUGAUUCUACUAGACUGUGACUCAGUGAAAGAAGAAGAAAAAAGUACUUUACUCAUUUGAGGUUUCAGGACUGAUGCCCUGGCAUUUCCAGGUAAGAUACUGAGGUACUGAUAAUGUGAAACAUGUCUUGGGCUCAUUCUGUACUUCCAAGCUAGAUUUAGGGCCAUAGCUCAGUGGUAGAGCAUCAGUGUUGCAAGCAGAAGUUCCCAGGUUAAUACCUCAACGGUAUCUCCAAGUGGGGUUGGGAGAGACUCCCUUCCUACAAUCCUAGAGGGUUGCAGCUAGUUAGUGUAGACAAUAGUGACUGACUGACGGGAGGCAGUGGAAGACAGGAGUGCCUGGCGUGCUCUGGUCCAUGGGGUCACGAAGAGUCGGACACGACUAAAUGACUAAACAACAAGUGUAGACAAUACUGAUUUAGAUGUACCAAUUGCCUGGCUUUGUAUAAGGCAGCUUUCUAUUUGAAUCUACUGCUAGUCAAAGUUGAUAGCAAGAUAGCCUCUGAUUAAAGGCAACUCAUCAUACCAGCUUCAUGUUUCCUGCUAAUGCUGUGCUAGGCUUUAGGGGGCUUGAACAGGAGAGGUAUGUUCGAGACCAUUGGUCUCCCAGCAGCUCACACUUGCAUUGUGCAUUAGGAGGAGAGGCCUCUCCACACACCUUUUUACCACUGCUGGUGUGUUGUUUUGUCAUCUGUUGGCUGAGAGGAAAGACAGGGCCAAACAGGGAGAAGAACUUGAGGCAGGAUCUGUACUUAGGAGCUCUAUGACCUAUCUUCCUUGAAGCAGGUCCCCUCUUGCAGGCUGUGAUUCCAGUAGCAAGAAGCCCUACUGACCUCUGUAACUGUUGGAUGUGCCUCUUUUUCUCUGGAUUGGUAUUUUAAAACAGGAUUAGAAAUUAUUUUAUUGAGAAUGAGGAUAAAAAACACUUAUCCACUGCAGAACAUUCAUUCCAGAGUAGCUAACUAGGUAUUGCUGUGUAUACCACAGCCUUUUCUUUUUAACACAACAUAUUAUUUCGACUGGUAUAUUCAGCCUUUCUGCAUUUUGAGUAGUUAUUGCACCAAACUGAUAGUCUGUGCACCAAGCAAGCUAAUGGCUGCAAAGAUUUUAAAGGUAUCAAACUGAUCCAUCUUUAACAGGACUAGUGAAACAUUUGUUACAGUCCCACACAUGGUAAAGUGAUAGUGACCAAGGCAGUUUGUAUUGUAGGGAACAGUUAGUGUGGUAUAGCAGCUGAUGAGGGAGAAUAUUUCUACCUUGGUGAGGUAGGAAUGAAGAGGUUAAUGGGAUCUAUUACUUCCUGAUUCUAAUAACCCUUGAUUCUGUAGCUGAUGUGCAUAAUCUUUCCUUUAAAACCAUGAUCUGUUGAUGUAGCUUAGACGCUGCAGGUACUGCUGUGGGAACCUUCUGUUCUUCUGUUUUCAUUGCAGAAUCAAGGCAGCUGUCCCAAGCAUCAAGCAUUGCUUGGACAAUGGAGCCAAGUCUGUGGUGCUGAUGAGUCACCUGGGCCGGCCUGAUGGGGUUCCUAUGCCCGACAAAUACUCCUUGAAACCAGUAGCAGCAGAGCUCAAAGCUUUGCUAAGCAGGUAUGGCACGAUGACAUUACAGAUUGACUAAAAAGAGGUGCUUUGAAUGAUAAUUUGUUGUGAAGCGUUCUUAUAAUUGGUAAACUGAGGCUAUACAUUUAUCUGGGAAUUGUCUCCAGGGAUGUCAUGUUCCUGAAUGAGUGUGUGGGUGCAGAGGUGGAAGCUGCUUGCGCUAAUCCUGCAACUGGCUCAGUCAUUCUUCUGGAAAAUCUCCGAUUCCAUGUAGAAGAGGAAGGGAAGGGAAAGGACGCUUCAGGGAACAAGGUGAGGCAUCUUGUCUUGUGUUCUGCUUUCUCUACUGCAUCACUUCUGGGUGCUUAAAUUGUGCCACUCUCAUGUAGAUGUUUCCACAAAGUUACUAAUAGUUCAUGCUCUCAGAUGGCAUUAGAGUUAGAAAUUGAUACAUGCCACCCCAUUCUCCCAAGUGGUGAGAGAAUCCAGGGGUUCUAGGUGAUUCUCCAAGAUUCAAUUUUCUUGGAAUGAAGGCCGCAGUGACUGUGGUGUCCUUGGGAUAUAUGGUUUUAUUUGCACCAAUAAAGGUAUCAUUCAUUUUAUACAGGGGUUAUGUUCAGGGGGUGACAUGUAUACACCAAAGCAUAUGUAUACCAACCACCCGCUUGGAGUUGCCCCCACACAAGCAAUCUGUUAUCUAUUAUCUGUAACCCUUUUCCUUAAUAUGGUUAAAAAGACAAUUCGUAGCAACUAGAAUGAAGAGAUGCUCAGCUGAGCGUUUAAGCCUGAUAUGUAAAUAAUUCACAGGAGAUUGAUGAUAUGCAUAUAAGCAUAGAGCAGUGCAUGAGUGCUGAUUAACCAUCUUGUGCCCAGAGAAUGAAGGAAGAAUGCUGGCUAAAUAACUAAAAUCACUGUUUAAGGCUGUAGUACCCAAAGCGGGUGGUGCUGUGGGUUAAACCACAGAGCCUAGGACUUGCCGAUCAGAAGGUCGGCGGUUCGAAUCCCCGUGAUGGGGUGAGCUCCCGUUGCUCGGUCCCUGCUCCUGCCAACCUAGCAGUUCGAAAGCAUGUGAAAGUGCAAGUAGAUAAAUAGGUACCGCUCCAGCGGGAAGGUAAACGGCGUUUCCGUGCGCUGCUCUGGUUCGCCAGAAGCGGCUUAGUCAUGCUGGCCACAUGACCCAGAAGCUGUAUGCCGGCUCCCUCGGCCAAUAAAGUGAGAUGAGCACCACAACCCCAGAGUCUGUCACGACUGGACCUAAUGGUCAGGGGCCCAUUUACCUUUACCUUUUACCCAAAGUGGAUGGUACUUGGGGUGGGGGUGCUAAUAGGCAGUGGACUGCUGGAGGUGUAAAUGACUAUCAGACUUUUAAAAAACUAGUAUCACUGGAUCAAGAUCAUCAAUUUGAAUUAACUGCACUAAAUAAUUUUAAUUGGAUUUUGAAUACAUGUACAAUUAAUUGUUACCGUUUUGAAUGUUACUGGGUGAUUCUCUUCCUUAGUGGGUUGUGCAAACCACUAUUUUGAGUACUGCCUUUUAUAGGUUAGGGUGGGGAGUUACUGGAACCAUAGGGUUGGCGGUCUGAAAUGGUUUGGGAAACACAGGUCUAAGGGUAUGUUUUUGCAGGAAAUAUCUUCAGCAAGAGCAUGUGAGAAGCAUGUUUCCCUUCUCUGCUCAGUUAAUGCUGUGAUUUGUUCAUGGGCUGUUUGAACCCUGUUAACUGGGACUGGCAAAACCUUUGAAUCCAGAUGCCACACUCUGCUUGGGCAGCCGCUUGGGUAUCCAUACCUCUUGACAUUUUAAUGAAGGUCGCCAUGACCAUUUGGUUUCUUUUCUUAGCACCUCUGACCCUAUUAAGACUUGAGUCUUGGCUCCCUUUCGAUGCAGCCACAGUGAUAUAUAGUACAGUGUCCUUUUUUAGGUUGAUACAGAACACCACACUGUGCUAUAAAAGCACAUGCAAAUUAACUUCUCAAGAUGAAGAGCUUGAAUUUAGAGAUUCCAGCUUCAGCCUCUUGGCACAAUCCUUUCAUCCUCAUCUCCAGUCGAAAGUAACUGUCAGGUUACCUUGCAUUUAUACUUUUAACACUUGCUCCCAUGGUCCCAUUUUUUUCUUAAGACCCUGGCCUCCCUUUUGUCCCUGUUGUCUAUCUCUCUUCUAUUCUUGAAAUAUUGGGCUAGUAUUGCCCGUAUCACUGAAAUGUAAUUAUUUACUUGCAAAAUUUUCUAUACUGCCCGUAUUAAGAAAAAAGAUUGUGAACAGCAUAAAAUCAGUUACAGAACUGCUUAUCAGGAGGGAACAAUCCUCAGUGAAUGUAGAAUAUUUGGAAUUGCCCAUUUGGGUGCAGUUCAUCUUUUGAGAGGAUGUCCAUCUUAAAUUACAGAAAAGCUAAGUAUUUGCUCUUGUUGUGCACUUUAAGUAUGGCUUGUUUCUCAUUGUUUGCCUGCUUUAGUAUGUUACCUUGGAGAAGCAACAGGAAAGGUGGCUGCCUCAGCAAGCCUGAGCUGAAUAAACGGCAGAUGCCUUAGAAAUGCUGCAGCAAACACUUAAGAUGCGUUGCGCCUAUGUGCUGUUCUGGUGACUUAAUCAGGAGCUAAAGGAGAAUGGAUUGCACAUACUUCCUAUUCUGCUAGCUGCCCUGGCUGUAGUAGAGGCAGUUAAACUAAGUACAUAAAGCUGAUCAGCUGAGGAGAUGAAGCAGCAAUUGAUUGUAUUAGUUUAAACCAAUAAUAAUAAUAGAUUUUUUCCCCCUCAUCAAGGUUAGAGGAAUGCUACAGAUCUGUACUACCUAUAUGCAACUGUUAGUUGGCAGUGUUUCCUGCUGCUUCCAAGUCUUGAAACAGGAUUAUUUUUAAGAUCCCUACCUCCACUGCCAUAUGAGCAGAGGCUUUGGCAGGUUGAACUGCACAACUCAACCAAAGCUGUACUAGAUGUUUGUUUGUUUGUUUGUUUGUUUGUUUGUUUGUUUGUUUGUUUGUUUGUUUCAUUUAUAUCCCACCUUUUUCUCCAAGGAGCUCAUUUAAUCCCUGUAACCAUGUUGUGAGGUAGGCUAGGCCUAGUAGGGAUGUGAACCCAGGUAUCCCAGUUCCUAGUCUAACCACUACACCACACUGCUUCUCAGUGUGUUGUUGGCCAAGAAGGCUGAAGAGAGCUUGCUUAUUUAUUUAUUUAUUUAUUUAUUUAUUUAACUAAUUGGUUGCUUAACAAGAUAACUCAAAAGCAUAGCACCUACAUUGAGACCAGCAUAAAAGAAAAAACCAAGAAAAAUCUAGAAGACAAUCCUAUUUUUAAAAGGCAAGAUUAAAACAUCCCACUCUCUGAAGGAGGCCAUACAUAAUUAAAAGCAAGAAAAGAAAAACUUUUUAUGCGUGAAGCUAGCAUUUCAAAAGCACGUCAAAGUGCAAGUAGAUAAGUAGGUACCGCUCCGGCGGGAAGGUAAACAGUGUUUCCGUGCGCUGCUCUGGUUCUCCAGAAGCGGCUUAGUCAUGCUGGCCACAUGACCCGGAAGCUGUACGCCGGCUCCCUCAGCCAAUAAAGCGAGAUGAGCGCCGCGGCCCCAGAGUCAGUCACGACUGGACCUAACGGUCAGGGUUCCCUUUACCUUUACCAGCCACUUGAGACCCAAGUCAGGGGUCCCUUUACCUUUUAUGUUAUGGUGCCAGACAAGUCUCAGGGAGAGCAUCCCACAAGCACAGAGCCACCACUGAAAAGGCCUAUUCCCAUGUUGCCACCCUCUGAACCUCCUCUGGAGGGGGCACCUAAAAAGGGCUUCAGAUUAUUGCAAGGUCCAAAUCGGUUCAUAUGGAGAGAGGUGGUCCUUGAGAUACUGAGUCACAUAAGACUUUAAGAGCUUUGCCCCGUUUUUAAUGGGAGAGUUAGCAGGCAGAGUCUAUUUGCCUUUGACUAGUUCAAAAUGUGAUUGCGUUGUUGUUGAUGAUGAUGUUUAAGUUGCAAAUAUACUGUGUGCAUUCAUUCCGAUUCAUUAAUAAACUGUUUCGCUCUUUCAAGAGGCAGAAGGGGAGUCACAUCCUCUCUUAAUUUUUUUAUAAUGAACAUUUAUCAGAGUAGAAUCUGCACCCCUUCCAGAAUGGCUUUCACUAGCCUAGAAAAGAGAAGAGCUCUGAUCUUUGCAUUGAAUGAGAACCACCUUGUGGUGGAAGCAAUAUGACGAGCUGUUCUGCUGUACAUAGUUCAGAAACAGCACAGAAAUGUGGCCCAUUCUCCUAGUGAACUGUUUUGAGGUUUCAUUGCAGUCAACCUGUAUAAAGUUUGCUACAUAAAAUAAAUGAAACAACCUGUACAGAAGUGCUUAAUGAUGAUGGCAUUUUAAUGAAGCUUAAAACCCACCUGUCUUCCUUAUUUUUUUGUACUGUUCAUAUGUACUGCAUUCACUUUCCUUUUUUUAAAUACUGCUGUCAAGAUGAGAGUUUACAUGUGUGCUCAGAGGCAUUAAAAUACAUCUUAUACCAGGAGAUCAACUGUUGUGAUUACUGGAUGGAAAUUUCCCUACCCUGCCCAGGAAAAGCUCUUAACAAUUCUAUUUAAACAGUGAUUUGGUGGCUUCUAAUGCCCAUUGAUAAGGUAACUAAAACUGGUGAGUUUUUAAUUCUCUUUCUCUUCCCAGAUCAAGGCUGAUCAAGCAAAGGUUGAUGCUUUCAGAGUGUCACUUUCUAAACUCGGAGAUGUUUACAUCAAUGAUGCUUUCGGAACUGCACACAGAGCUCACAGGUAUGUAAGCCUCUGCCUUUUAUUUUGUCAUGGCUGGGCUUCUGUCUGUUUCAGAGACUGGCUUUUAACAAAACACACAUGCUGCUUGAGUGUUAUGAAUCCUCAAAGUGCUUUACAAAGAAAAAUGCAUUAACAUUAUCAAUAAAAGACAGUAAAAACAGGUAAAUAAUAAACUAAAAACAGAUUGAAACACAUGUAACUUCUGCAGGACUAGAUGGGCUCAGCUAAACCAAAAUGUUUUUAAGAUGAGCUGGAAAGAGUAUAGCGAAGGUACCUGCCUGAUAUGAGUAGGCAGGGAGUACCAGGGUAUAGGUUUUGCCACACUUAAAAGGUAAAUUUCUUACGACAGCAGAACCUUACAACACAGAGAAUUAUGUGGCACCUGUAACAGCACCCAUUCCACAGAACUUUAGGUUUGGAUUCUCACCAUUAUCACAGAAUCCUUUCAAUCUUUUAUGAAAUACACAGUGAUAUUUGCUUUAUUAACAAUGUAGUAUUGUUUGCUUUAUGCACUGAAAACAGCUUUAUAUGGGCUCAGUUUUCCUCAGACUGCUGAGUUGUAUAUUCUACUAAGCAGCUGCAUUACAUUGACACCCAGUGGGAUGGAAAAUUUUGACUGCCAUAGGCCUUGGAUACUCCUUAAUUCGGUUUUGAAAACUAAGUUUGCCAAGGUAUGAGAAGUGUGUUUCUGUCAUGCAAAUGUUUUAAAUCUAUAUCCUUUGUCAAGUUGCAGAAAUAACUUUCAGGUUUUGCCAUGCAGCCUCUAAAAACCACCCUUCAUUUAACAAAGCAAAACUCUGGUGAUGGAUCUUUUCACUUCCCUUUUCCCAGAAUUUCACCCAGUAGCAUAAAAUGGGUAUUCCAUAUUGAAAAUGUUUUUUUAAAAAAGUUCCUUACAGAAUCUGCAGGUCAUGUGCCUGUUAGAUCAGAAAAAAAGAUCUGGACUUCUGUUAUCUCAUAACCUAGAAGUAUCUAGAUGGAAGAGCUCAACUAUUUUUGUGAUACAAGCCAUGGUUUAAUUUCUGAGGUCACACAGUGCCACCAGUAUAUGCAAAUGCGUGGCUCAUUUAAGACUAUAGAACCUUUAUUCUCAAUAGUGAUGGAGCUCACCAGGUGGAGAAGGCUUCUGUGGUGUAUCUUUGUGUUUUAUGUUUGCACUUUUAUUUGUUAACAAAUCAAUUUUUUUAUGUGGACUUCUGAAGUAACAUACCUUUUACACAGUUGUUUAUUCGUUGCUAAAUAUUUGCACAGUUGUGGACUUGAAGGGUUUUGUAGCAUCCAUACAUAUAGCAUCAAAAACAACAGUGGAACUCAUUUUUAUUGGCUGAUUUGUAUAUUUUCUCUCCAAUGUAACAGUUCCAUGGUAGGUGUCAAUCUGCCUCACAAAGCUGCUGGUUUCCUGAUGAAGAAAGAACUGGAGUAUUUUGCAAGAGCUCUAGAGAACCCAGAGCGACCCUUCCUAGCAAUCCUGGGAGGGUAAGGACAAAAUAUAUUUGCCUAUAUUGCUGUUUGCUUCUACCUUUAUGUGAACUUGUAACUAAUUGGUUUACUGUGCAGAUCGUUUUACCUUCCAUAUUUUCAACACUAUGUCUAUUUCAGUAAUUCUUUUAAAAAAUAAUAUUUUAUAAUUUUAUUAAAUGUGUAGCAAACAAGCCUGAAGUACCCCCAAAAAUCCAACAAAGGGUGGUGGUGGUAAGAAAAAACAUUUGAGCAUGAUUAGGUAUAAGAUAAGGAGAAAAUAUUAAAAGAAAUUUGUGCAAAAAAGGCAAUAUGGCAGUAUUCCAAGAUAAUACACAGCAGAUCAGAAACUCAUAUAUUGUAAUCAAAAACUACACGACAUGAAAUCACAUUUGGAUAAGAUUUGCCUGAAUGUGUUGUUAAACUACAAAAAUGGGCCCACGUCUCCUCCGAGAACCUGAAGUUGGUGGGUCAGUUUCUCUGAUGUGGCUAUAAAUAAGGCAUUUUCAAACCAGUUCAUAAUAGAGUACAUAAAAGUGUAGAGUACAGUCAGUGCAUUUUGUGUCACGGGCCAAAUCAGCAUGUCUGUGUGUCUGCCUGUGGCUGACCUUUCCACCAAAGUUUAAAGUACAAACAUAGUCCUUAUUCAGCAGUGCUGUGUGUAAAUUGACACUGCCUGUCGUUAUGCAACUAUGAGGAACUGUAGCUGGAUACGUGUCAGCUCCUACAGCUUCCAAGAGGCAUAGUUUGAUGAUGUAGAUGUAGAUGUACAGUCUCAGAACAUGCGGUCAGAUGCCAGAAUUCUAUAUGUUAAGCCUAAAAUGCUGUUUUUGUCUGGAAUAUCCCCCCCCCCAGCUUUGUUUGGAAAAAUGAAAUUGGGGUUUUAAAAAGCAUUUUUCAGGGUUUUGUUUUUUUAAGAAUGCAGAUUGUCACAAAUGUAGUUAUACAAAAUCAUAAUCCUCAUGCAAAUCUCAAGGACUGCAUUGCAAUUAAGAUUUCAUUCUUAUUGUGCACUGCUUUGAAUCUUCCUGAUUGCCCCAAUUACAGCUUUCAAAUGUGUAUGAUAAAGUACAAAGACCUGAGCUGCUUUGAUGGCAAAAUCUUUCUGUUCCUUUCUUCCCUGCAAAAACAAAGCAAGCUUUUGACGCUGAGCAAAGGCCCCCCUGUGGGGGCAAGCAUGCAACCAUGAAUAAUAGGGAACACAGUAGCCUUGCAGCUCUUGACUUGACCAAUCUCUGUUCAUUUGCUGUGCUGCUGCUACCAGAAGUCCAUUAAAUUUCUCAAUGACAUUUCCAAAGGCCAGCCUUCCCUGUGCUGACUGGGAAUGAUGGGACUUGUAGUCCAAAACGCAGAGGUUGGGAGCAAGCCUGCUUCCCCCAGUUUUAAACAUGUUGUGCCAACUCAAUUCAUAAUGUUAAAAACAGUAGGUGUGCUGUUUUAAUCUCUUACCUAAAACUGCAGUGUGUACUGUUGUACCUUGGCUCCUGAACAGAGUACAGUACAGUACAGUACAGUACAGUUGUACCUUGGCUCCUGAACGCCUUGGGAAUCAAACGUUCUGGCUCCCGAAUGAUCAAAAACAGGAAGUGAGUGGGGGGUUUUUGGAAGCCGAACAUUCAGUGUGGCUUCCGCUAUUGUUUCCAGCAUGUCUGCACAAUCGGAAACCAAUCAGAAGCUACGCCUUGGCUUCCGAACAUUUUGGAAGUCGAAUGGAGGUAGGAUUGUAGACACUACAUAUGGUCAGCCCAUUAUUGUGGGUGUCAAAUGAAAGCAGCUGGUGAGAAGAUGGGUGAUAAAUUCAAUAAUUUAUAGAGUACUUGCUUUGCAUAAUAAAAGUCCAGUCUAUUCCCUAUCAUCUCCAAGUAGGGCUGAGAGAGAACGCUGUUUGAAAUCCUGGAGAAUUCCUGCCAGUCCUUGGAGAGUAUACUUUGCUAGAUUUACCAGUGAAUAUGACUACUCUGACAUUAAUGAAUCCAUGCUAGUCAUUUCCUGUGUUCCUAUUAACCAGUGCUACCAGUACAGUUGUACCUUGGUACUUGUUGAACGGCUUGGUACUCUUGCGUUUCGGCUCCUGAACGAUCGAAACCUGGAAGUGGGUGUUCCGGUUUACAAACUUUUUUAGGAAGCCAAACAUCCAAUGCAGCUUCCACUGUUGUUUCCGACACAGCUGCACAAUUGGAAGCCAGUCGGAAGCCGCGCCUUGGUUUCUGAAUGCUUCAGAAGUCAAAUAGACUUUCAGAACACAUUCUGUUCGAAAACCAAGGUAUGAUUGUAGUGCAUAAUGUCUUUUAGAAAUAACUAUUUAGAGCAUUUUCAGCCAAAAAGGUUCCCAGAGUGGCUUACAUACAAUCAAUAAAAACAAGACAGUGCCUUGUUCAGAAUCCAUUUUUGGGGGGGGGGGCAGCACACUACAGUGGCCAGCUUUGGAGACCCUGGGUAUUUUCCUUCCCACUUUGCUGCAACUUUUCCUGUUUCGCUUUGAGUUAAAUUGCUUCAUGCUUCUGUAAAAUGAGAUGAAAUCCUAGUAACAUCCAAUGCAGUGGAAGAAGUUGGAACAAGAGUCCAACCAUACCACAUACUUAAUAAAACUACCUCCUGUAGUUCUAGUGUUUAUAGAUACACAUUCAAAUCAUUAGCCAAACCUCGAUUUUUUCCCCAGGCAGGGGUGGAGAGUGGGCUUCUAACAGUUGUAACUUUAUCCCCUUUUUUGCUGUAAGAGAAUUAUUAGAUUAUCAUGCAUAUGUAUCAAUACAUGUGACUUCCUCAUUGAUCAAUAAUUAUGUAUUUGUUCUCUGUAUUUAUUUUUCUGUAUUAGGUACUGAUAACAAGUGAAACUUGGCAAUAGUAGGCUUGUCUACAACCCUGCUAAUAAAAUGGUGCAUCAACUCACAUUAUUUUUUUCUUCUUCCCCUAACCUCUCUCUGUUCAUCAGUGCUAAAGUUCAGGAUAAGAUUCAACUGAUCAAAAACCUGCUGGAUCAAGUCAAUGAGAUGAUUAUCGGUGGUGGAAUGGCUUUUACCUUCCUUAAAGUGCUCAAAAACAUGAAGGUAUGCAACCUGCAGUGUCUGCUAUAUAUAAUUUGGGUGAUAAAGAUGCUUAUUAUGUUUCCUUGACUGUUUCUUUAUAACCUUUCCCCAAGCUGGUGUCUUCCAUGUGUUGUGGACUGCAACUCUCAUCCGCCCCAGCAUCAUAUGGCUGUGAUGGCUGAGGCUGAUGGGAAUUGUAGUUUGAAACUUCCAGAGAACACAAGCUUGGGGAAGACUGUUCCAUAUGUGCAAUCUUAAUUGACAAUAGUUUUUGAACUGCAUUCUAUGGCUUAAAAUUUGCUAAACAGAUCUGGAUGCAAAUUCAUGAGCAAAAUACUGUAUUUUUUGCUCUAUAACACUCACUUUUUCCCUCCUAAAAAGUAAGGGGAAAUGUGUGUGCGUCUUAUGGAGCGAAUGCAGGCUGCGCAGCUAUACCAGAAGCCAGAACAGCAAGAGGGAUUGCUGCUUUCACUGUGCAGUGAUCCCUCUUGCUGUUCUGGCUUCUGAGAUUCAGAAUAUUUUUUUUCUUGUUUUCCUUCUCCAAAAACUAUGUGCGUCUUGUGGUCUGGUGCAUCUUAUAGAGCGAAAAAUACGGUAAAUCAUGUAUAACAGGACAUUGGAUUUGGGGGCAGGCUAGGCUGCUGGUAAAAUCUCUGGCUGUUGGCUGUAACUUAAACGCUCAGAGGACAAGCUGAAAAUGUUUUUCCUGCAGCUUCAUGUAGUUUAUCUGGUGUUUUCUUAUUUAUAUAUAUUUAACAUAAUAAAGUUAUGGGAUGCGGGUGGUGCUGUGGGUUAAACCACAGAGCCUAGGAAUUGCCAAUCAGAAGGUCGGCAGUUCGAAUCCCCGCCACGGGGUGAGCUCCCAUUGCUCAGUUCCUGCUCCUGCCAACCUAGCAGUUCUAAAGCACGUCAAAAGUGCAAGUAGAUAAAUAGGUACCGCUCCGGCAGGAAGGUAAACGGCGUGUCCGUGCACUGCUCUGGUUUGCCAGAAGCGGCUUAGUCAUGCUGGCCACAUGACCCAGAAGCUGUACGCAGGCUCCCUCGGCCAAUAAAGCGAGAUGGGCGCCACAACCCCAGAGUCGGCCACGACUGGACCUAAUGGUCAGCAGUCCCUUUACCUUUACCUAACAUAAUAAAGUAUACCAACAAAUGCCAGAUAGAAGUAGAAAGAGAUUUCUAGAACUAAACAUAAUUUGGAUUUAUUUGAUUUAUUUAAUUUAUUACGUUAAGACUUUGUAGUGAAAAAAAGAUUUUCAUUACAAAGUCUUUAACACAAUAAAUUAAUAUCACAAGGUUCCAAGUAACACAAAAGGAUUUACAUUAUCCUGUUCUUUAUUAUUCUAGUACAUUAUAAAAAGACUUCAUUUCUCUAUGAAGACAUUUGUUUGUUACCUGCCUUCUUUGGUUUUCACUAUGUAAGCUUAACCAUGCUUACUUACUAUGUGCCUUCAGUUAUACUUCAGGCACCAGGCAAAAACAUUCCUCUUCACCCAGACCUUUGGCUGAUUGACAUCUAAUGCUCUUUUAAAUGUGUUAUGGUAGGGGGGAUUUUUGGUUUUUUCUUAUAUUUUAAAAGUAUUUUGUGGGUUUCAUGUUGUAGCUUUAUGUUGUGAACUGCCCUGAGAUUUACAGGUGUCAGUAUACAAAUUUAAUAAAUAAUAAUAGUACUAGGUCCUAGGUUUUAGUUAUCAAUUUCCUCAGGGUUGAUUUUCUUGAUAUCUUUCCCCCCGCCCCGCCCCCUUCUGACAAAUAAUAAUCCUGGCAGCAGUUAAGAGGUUGCAUUAAUUCUCUGUCCUCUGCUAGUUACAGUUUCUUUAACAUACCCAUAUUAUCUGUUGAUGUUACUUGGAUUUAAUAAUAAAAAAUACCUUGCUUUCGAGAUUCUGAUUUGCUUUGUGGCAGUCUACACAAACAUCUGUAGAUAGCUACAUAGUGCAUUGUCUUCUGCUUCCAGAUUGGCAACUCUCUGUAUGAUGAAGAAGGAUCAAAAAUAGUCAAGGACCUGAUGGCUAAAGCAGAGAAGAAUGGUGUACGCAUCACUUUGCCUGUUGACUUUGUCACUGCAGAUAAAUUUGAUGAGAAUGCUAACACUGGAGAAGCCACUGUGGCCUCUGGGAUACCUGAUGGAUGGAUGGUAGGUUUAACUCUUGAUUUCCUGCAGAUGUUUUGGAUUGCAGCUCCCAUCAUCUCCAGAUAGCAUAGGGUUGAUGGGAGUUGCAGUCAAAAGCAUCAAAGGGACCCACAUGGAGAAUUCUGGUUUAAAGACUGGGGAGAGGUUGCGGGGGUGGGUUGAGGAGCUCUUCUACUUGUUUGAUCUUUCUGGUGCAAUGGCUGAACAGCUACCACCCUCCCCUUUUUGAUCCUAGGGUUUGGAUUGUGGUCCUGAAAGUGUUAAGCUGUUUGUGGAAGCAGUGGGCAGGGCCAAGCUGAUUGUAUGGAACGGUCCAGUUGGUGUCUUUGAGUGGGACAAGUUUUCUAAAGGAACUAAAGCUGUGAUGGAUAAAGUUGUGGAAGUUACAUCCAAAGGCACCAUCACCAUCAUUGGUAAGAGCCACCAUUCGUUGUCUUCUCCAGUUCAAAUGAAUAGUUUUUCAGUCUUUUGGAAUACUUGAUUUAUUUAUUUUCUCUUCAUAAGAAGGGUGUAAGAAGUUGCCUUAUACAUGGUCAGACUCUGGGACCGAGCUUUUAAGCCAGUGGUUCCCAAACAUUUUGGGGCCACUGCCCCCUUGGUUUCACAAACUCAUCCCCAGUACCCCCUGUCCUACCCUAACUGAUUAAACAUUAUUCAGAAAAGCAGAUUCUACAACCCAAUAACAAAGAUAGUAACAAUGGAAUUCAAAAUAGUAACAAUUAAUUGCGCAUUUAUUCAGAAUCCAACUAAAACUAUUUAACUGAUGAACUCGCUCCAGUGAUACCAGCCUUUCAAAGUCUCAUAGUCAUUUUAAUCUCCAGUGACCCCCUUGCCUCUUAGCACACACCCCAGCAAUCCCUUUAGUGCAGUGGUUUUCAGCCAGUGUGCCCCUGGGGUGCCUUGAAUGAUAGUCAGGGGUGCUGCAGGCAACUCUGGCCUCUGUCCCUCUUUCCUUCCCUCUGAUGCCCUCUUGCUUUUAUGCCUCCCAAAGGCUUGCACACCUGUUUAUUGCAGCAGCCCUGCCCAUAAGUUCCACAGGUGAACUUGGCAUUUUUGGCAGGCGCCAAAAAGAGUGUGGCAAUGGCUCCUGCCUGAUGUCUAUAGGCAGGGAGUUCCAAAGUAUAGGUCCUGCCACACUAAAAUACCAGUUUCUUACAAAUGCAAAAAGUAUUAUGUGGCACCUAUCACCAUGCCAGUGUAUGGGGUAAGGCGGCCUCGCAGUUAAGCUUCCAAAUUAUGCUUCCAAAACCAUUUUCAGGUUCCUUGACUGUGUUUUCUUGAACAGGUGGUGGAGACACUGCUACAUGCUGUGCCAAAUGGAACACCGAGGAUAAAGUUAGUCAUGUUAGCACUGGAGGUGGUGCCAGCUUGGAACUCCUAGAAGGUAGUGUGUAUUUUCCUCCCUCUUCCUUAAAGAUGUCCAGGGGAUUAAUUUUGUUUGUAUGCUUUUUUGUACCUAGGUCAUGCUUACAGCUACCCACACACGUGAUUACUCUUCAAAGACCAGGGCCAGGUGGCUAAAGAAAAUCAAUGUCAUGUUAUACUACUGUUUGUUUCUUUAGAAUUGUAAAGUUGGAAGGGACCUCAAGAGUCAUCUAAUCCAGUCCCCUGCAAUGCAGGAAUCUCAGCUAAAGCAUCCAUGACAGAUGGCCACCCAACCUCCCCUUUCAGCCCAAAGGCUCUCAAGAAUAAACAGAUGCAUACAAAUACAAUAAUAUAAAAUAAUGCAAAUACAAUACAAAUGCAUAUACAAUACAAUAAAAAUAAAUCUUAAUAUUUCAAAAGUAUUGAUACAUCCAUUUUCCUGACAAAAAGGCAGCAGAUUAUUCCCAGUGAAAGACUUGAAAGCAAGAGAGAGAGCAGGAUGAGCAGCUCCUCCUAAGGUUCUUGAGCAGGGACGUGGGGCAAGACAAGUAGAGUAGCUGGUGCCUGUGAUGGUUCCAGUAGACCCCACAUAGGGACCAUUUUCAAGACAGCUGCAGUUUUGCAUAAUGAUGGUGACCAGAAAAUGGUCUACAUCUCUCAAGCACUCGGACUGAGGCCUCCAUAAAACCCAGACCCAGGACAUACUUUCUGGCCACAUGCCUUGACUAAACAAAGGGGUGAAACUAAUGUUUACUAUGUGCCGCCGCCGCCCCCCCCCCCCCCGCCGCUGCCAAAAAAAGGCUUAUGCACUUAACCAAAUUCAUUGCCUACUCUUUCACCAGGCUCGCAAUUCCAGGACUAAAGAGUUGGCCUCAUAUUUGCAGCUCUUUAAAAGAGCUGUCUAUAAUAGAAACAGUUUAGAAAAUUGCUUUAUAUUGAGUCAGACCCUUGAUCCAUCUUAGCAAUGUUUACACUCACUGGCAGUGGCUCCCCAAGAUCCCAGCCCCACCUGGAGAUGCCACUGGGGGAUCAAACAUGGGGCCUUUUCCAUGCAAAGCAGAUGGUUCACCACUGAGCUGGAUUACUGUCCCGUGUCGAUUUACUCAGUGUUCAAUCAGCAUUGUCAAUGGAAGUUUUUUGUGGGUGCUGUUGUUUCAUGAAUGACUCUUGGGAGCUUCCUCUGGUAAUUAGCUGUUUCUUAAUACAUGUACAUUUUCCAAACCCUAGUGCCUUCCCCCUAAAAAAGAAAGAGGCGGCACUGGGCUCGUCAGCUGUUGUUACCAAAAGUUAUGUUCUGAAAGGGCUUUGUUUCUGUUGCCUAGGAAGUAGUGGAGAAAGGAAAAAAUGCAGACCAAUAAAAGGAGACCUGCAAUGGUAUACACACCAAAGGAAGACAUUUUGGGAAAUGUAGGCUUUGCUAAGUGGCACUAAACUUCAGAGUUUUAAAUUGCACCACACUCCUUUUCCUUAACUGUAGAAGAAUUGUUAGGCAGCUUCAGACUGAGGAGAAAGGAAUUGGAUAAAAAGUCACAGAUUGCAGAAUUUGUUUAAAAAAUAAUUUUGUAUUGGAGUACAUCAAGCAAUACAAUAAAAAUAAUGGGUUUUACAAAUACAAAAAAGCAGUGCAGUAUAUCUGGAGGAGACUUAGGUAAAUAGAGUACUUAAGGCCAUUUGGAAAGCCAAAUUUCACAAUGUACCAUGGAGAGGGAGUUGUGUGUGUCUGUAUUCAUUGUAAAUAAGAUAAAAAUGAGUCUAACCUACCUCACAGGGUGGUUGUGAGGAUAAAAUGGAGAGGGAGGAGAACCAUGGAGGACAGAGGGGAUAGAAAGGCAAUAAAUGAUAGCAGUGACCUGAGUUUGUCAAAAGGCCUUGCUCAAAAUCUCACUAAGUGGCUUUUAGACCGUCUACUGCUGCCUCAUUCUUACCCCCAGCCUGCCCCAGAAUGUUAAUAGGCCUCUUUAAAAGCUUACUCAGAGGGUGCUCAUGGAGAGCUUUCAGCACUUGAGGCAAUUUUAAUACUUUAUUAUCUGUCCACCUUCAGGACUGUGACUGUGCUUUCUAUACAGAUCAGCAUUUAAAGUUUUUCACAAUCCUGACUAAAUACCCCAGCAGCAAACUUAAUGAUAUUAACUAAGUUGCACAGUGCAAGAUGUGUAUCAGAAAUUCAGAGAAAAAAUAAAAUAAUCUUAGGGUUUUAAGAUGCAGCCCCAAGCAUAUUUAUCUGGGAAUACGUUUAAUUGAAUUAAAAGAGGCUUACCUCUGAGAAGUCUGGCACUGGAUUACUCCGCUGUUCUGAAAAGAACUGUUUCUGGUUCUAUGUGAAAGCACCUGUCAAUUAAGCUUUUAAACCUAUUUUAGUAGAAAGAUGAAAGUGUUGGCAGAAUUAUGGCACGAUCCUAACCACAUCUACUCAGAAGUAACUAGGAACUAUGUGGGGAUUAGGAUUGCAGCUUUAGACUGCUGAUGGGUUUCAGGCUUUGUAGAUGUAACAUCUCUGUUAACCUUUAUUGGGUACCAAUUAAUUUCUGGGCAGAAUUCAAUGUGUGGGUAUUUUUCCUUUUCAUUAAAAAACACACCCUAUGUGUUCUGGGUCUUUUGUUCAGCUCAAGAGCUGCAUUCUCCUGUUCAGCCUUCCAAGGGCCACAUGGAAAUCAUGGUCAGCACCUGAGGCAAAACUGGGUAGAGAUAUUCAUAGAAAUUUUGCUUCCGUGCCUUAGGCUAGUUGCUCUACACACACACACACACACACACACACACACACACACACACACACACACACUGCAAGUCUCCAAUCUGAAGGAAAGGUGGGGUACAGAGACUCUAAAAUAAAUUAUUAAAAAUAAACUAUAUUUUAUGCCAUAAAAUUUAAAUAUCGCUUGACUAUAAAAAAAGUCAAAAAUCUGAAGGCUGUUUACAAAAACAUAAAAACAAUUAUCAACAAUUUUUUUUCCAUUUAAAACCUUCCACAUUAAAAUAACAAUAGACUGAAGACAGGUUAAAAUACACAUCAACUUUCUGAGCAUCUGGACAGGCUUGUCUAAACAAGAAUGUUUUUAGCAGAUGCCAAAAAAAAGGACAGCAAAGACACCUGCCUAAUAUAAGGCAGUCAUGAAAGUGUCAGCCAAAGCCAGUUUCCAUGUACCAUCCUUUAUAGAUUCUUUAUAAAUGUGUUAAAAGAUGUUCCAUGAUGCAUCAUCUUUAUAUGUGUUUGUCUCUCUUACGCUGUGCAGGUAAAGUUCUUCCUGGUGUGGCUGCUCUGAGCAACGUGUAGCAAUAGAUGAGAGCGUGGGAUGAAUAAGAGCUCCCCCCUGACAUGUUCCUGUGCACAGCCCUUAAAGCAACCACUGCAGCGCUUCUGUAUUCGUACUGGCAGCAGAGUCAGAUAAAGUAACCUGGGAGAUUUACAGCAGCGUUAAAAUGGCUCUUGUCUGCAGUUUACCUGAUGUUGACUGUUGCCCCACCUGAAUUUAGUGUUAAAUGGUUUUUGUGAUAUUUAGAGUGGAUAUAUUUAUAUAUUUUUGCCUUCUUACCAAGGCCAAGUUCCCCUACUAGUUGUCAGUACCUCAAAGCAAGUUUCUUUAUUCAAUCUCAACAGCUUGUUUAGCUACUGCUACUUCUCACCUUUGCACAGUACCACAAGGUGGAGGGAAAAUACAGAUGUCAACUGCAAUGUUAGCUUCUAAAUAAAUGUUUUGAGAUGCAAACAGA